AUGCCGUUCAUGCAUGGAACGAUGCCGCUUCGGCGGACGUUCUACUAUCUGUUACAAGGGAAAAUCAAGUUUAGGGAUGAUGUACAAGUGUUCGCUAUGGGUUUCCAUCGACAACCAUCAACCGACGAACAACGAGGUGCUCGCGAUUUCGUUUUCUGGCACUGGGCUCAACUUCAAUAUAAGAAUCCUCGUGUACAACUGAUCAAGCACGUCGACACUGUUAUUACUCCUUUCGCGAGAGCAUACCUCAAAGAUGGUCGUGAGGUUCUUUUCGAUCUGGAAGGGAUGACACGAGAGGAAAUAGAGACCCGCAUUGCGACAACGCUGGGAAAGACCGAUUUAGUUGAGAAGAGGGAAGAACUGAUGGAGAUUGUAAAAUUAAAUCCUGCUGAUUUCGGGUCGAAAUGUAAAAGACAGUGUAUGUGUGAAGUUCAAGGCCAACAUCCGUGUACAGCGUUACUGCAAGCACCUAAAUGUAUGACCGGUAAAUGGCGUUGGAAUCAUAAUCUCAUUUAA